GGGAUAACCUGGUACUAGAACGUACCAGUUAAAUUCGAAAGUUUGCAUAGCUCGCUACAUUCCUUUGUAUUUUUGAGUAGCUUUAUUAAGUCCGUCAAGAAGUUCAAACAUUCAACUUCAAAAAAAUUGCAUUACUGUCUCAAGACCCGAAUCAACAUAAUGGCAGCCAACAACGUUCAUUCUACUCCCGUCCAGCCUAAAUACGUCCUUCGCAAUCCCUUGGAAGUUCGCGAAAAUACAAAGAGCAUUCAACUAAUCAGGAUCAAAGACAAUGAGUCUUUUCUAGGGUUCCCCAUCCCCGACAAAAAGGUCUCAUCCGACAGAAAUCCAGAAUGGAAAAUAAGUCUCGCCUCCGCCGUCCUUCCUACGGCUGGUGUCCCGCUCUCCCGCAUUCUGAACCACCCGAAUAUUGUCGGUCUUGUUGAUAUAAUUCACACAGACUCCCUCGCGGGUUCUACAAAACAUGCUGGUAUAACUGCCAAUACAGCUGUCUAUGAAGACAUGAAUCAAGGCUCACUUGACCUCAUUCUUCCGAACCCAGAAAAUUACCCCAAGUUUACCGACCUGGCAGCUUGGCGCGCCCACGCUACCCCAAAUCCCAAUCGGUUUUCUCUUCCUGAAAGUUUGUGCUGGCAUGUUUUAUCCAAUAUCAACAAGGCUCUUUUGUGGUUGCACACGGGUGUGAAACAGACGGAUACAAAAGACGAUUGGCAAAAACAUGAUGAUGAUUGGCAACCUAUUUUAAUAAGAGAUGUUAGUCCGAAACAAAUCUGGUUCAAGAGAACCGGUGGUGGAGCAACAUAUGGGCAGUGUAAGUUAGGCGGGUUUGGGAAGGCGGUUGUGACGGGUUUUCCGGGCGGGAACGUGGCAAAGAGUGAGAAGAAAGAGGGAUUGAGCUGGCAUUUUCAAGCUCCUGAACAAUUGGCCGGAACCGAAACUUGGGGACCAGCCUCGGAGAUUUGGGCGCUAGGCGCAACAGUCUUUACAAUGAUGACAGGGAUUCCACCGCCCCAACAAUUUGAAUAUCAGUGGGCAAUGUCAAGAAUGAGCGAUAAACCAUUUACGAGUGGACUGAAAAAUUUGGUGUCGGCGAUGCUGAAGGUGAGAAGUACCGAUAGACCUACGACGGCUCAGCUGGUGGGGAGGAUUGAACAGGGCUGGGAGGAAUGGAGGGCGACGGAUGAUGCGAUUGGGUAUGUGGAUUGGAAGGAUAGGAGUAGAGGAAGGGAGGUUAAUUUGCAAGGGGAGGUGGAGGAGAAGGCGAGGAUGGGAUGGGGAAUUAUUGAUGCGGGAGGGUUUUAGGCGAUGCUUUCUAUGUGGGAUUGAUAAUUAGGGAGAAGAAUUUUGGGGCUUGAGUCUUGAUUGUUGAAUGAUCUUUGCGGCGUAUCACUCUCGCAGCUGUCUAUAACCUAUGUGUUUUCAAUUUGAAGAUAUUCAUAUACUCUAAUCCAUGCCCGUCCCCAAGCCAUUAUUAACCGGGGAGCAAUUAGAAACCCUAAUAUCCGUUUGUUAUAAGUAGUUCAAAAUCUCUGGUUAUAUCUGUAAAUCUCUACGGGUGCUUAUAGAUAUCUUUGUUAAUAAAUAAAAAAUAGAAAUAAAACA